GAGCGGGCGGGCGGCGGCUCGGCCGCCUCCGAGCGCAGCGGCCGCCGGCCGCGGCGCAGCGAUGAUCCGCAGGGAAGACACCGAACGGGCGGUGGAAAUUCUGACCAGAUACCAAAGCACCCUGAGGUCUCCAGAGGAGCAGGAGUUGAAAGCCUCCAUCGGAAAGGUCUCGCACAUCUUCCAAAGCGAGCUCUUCCAGGCUUUGCUGGUCACUGGGGAGCUGCGCAGCACCACGCAGCCCACGGUCCCAAAGGAGUCCUGCUCGGGGGUCCCGGUCCUUCCUGCACCCGCUUCAACCUGCUGCUUUCCACGCUCGCGGCCAGCCCGAAGAAAAACUAGAUUUCCUGCCUUUGCUCGGGAGAGCUGCGUGCUGCCCUUUGAAAACACGCUUCCCGAGGCCCCGGGGGGACGUGGGCGGCCUCGGGGCCGCCGCUCCUGGGCCUCCUGGGGGGAGAAAUAUAUCCACGAGUGCUACGACCUGACGCUGCGCUCGGCCCCGGCUCCCGGCACCGCCAGGCAGCAGGGCGGCUCCGCGGCCGAGCCCGCCGGCGCCCCCGAGGACGCCGAGCGGAGGCCGCCGGCGGGGGCCCGGCCGCGGCUGGUGCGGGUGACGGCGCGGACGACGGCGGCGCCGGCCAGCGUCUGCAGCCUGCUGGUGGGCGAGCGCGGCGCCCGGCCCCAGGCCAACCCUGCUCCCAUCAUCGUCAACACCGACUCACUGGAACAAGGGCUCUCUGUGAACGGCAGCGAUGGGAUGUUUAAAUACGAGGAGAUCGUGCUGGAAAGGGGUAACUCCGGCCUCGGCUUCAGCAUCGCGGGAGGGAUCGACAACCCCCACGUGCCCGAUGACCCCGGCAUCUUCAUCACCAAAAUCAUCCCCGGCGGAGCGGCGGCCAUGGACGGCCGGCUGGGGGUGAACGACUGCGUGCUGCGGGUGAACGAGGUGGACGUCUCCGAGGUGGUGCACAGCAAGGCCGUGGAGGCGCUGAAGGAAGCGGGCCCCGUGGUGCGGCUGGUGGUGCGCCGGCGGCAGCCCCCGCCGGAGACCGUCGUGGAGGUCAACCUCAUGAAGGGCCCCAAAGGCCUGGGCUUCAGCAUCGCCGGGGGCAUAGGGAACCAGCACAUCCCCGGGGACAACAGCAUCUACAUCACCAAGAUCAUCGAGGGCGGCGCGGCCCAGAAGGACGGGCGCCUGCAGAUCGGCGACCGGCUGCUCGCGGUGAACAACACGAACCUGCAGGACGUGCGGCACGAGGAAGCGGUGGCCGCCUUGAAGAACACCUCCGACAUGGUGUACCUGAAAGUGGCCAAGCCUGGCAACAUCCACCUCAACGACAUGUACGCGCCCCCCGACUACGCCAGCACCUUUUCAGCCUUGGCUGACAACCACAUAAGCCAUAACUCCAGCCUGGGCUACCUGGGCAGCGUGGAGAGCAAGCCCGCCUACCCCGUCCCUCCCCAGGUGACUCCGUCCAGGUACUCGCCCAUCCCGCGACACAUGCUCGGCGACGAGGACUUCACCAGAGAGCCGCGCAAGAUCGUGCUGCACAAGGGCUCCACCGGGCUGGGCUUCAACAUCGUGGGCGGCGAGGACGGCGAGGGCAUCUUCGUCUCCUUCAUCCUGGCCGGCGGCCCGGCGGACCUCAGCGGCGAGCUGCGGCGCGGCGACCGCAUCCUCUCGGUGAACGGCGUCAACCUCCGCAACGCCACGCACGAGCAGGCGGCGGCGGCGCUGAAGCGCGCGGGGCAGGCCGUGACCAUCGUGGCGCAGUACCGGCCCGAAGAGUACAGCCGCUUUGAGUCAAAGAUCCACGACUUGAGAGAGCAGAUGAUGAACAGCAGCAUGAGCUCCGGCUCCGGCUCGCUCCGGACGAGCGAGAAGAGAUCCCUCUACGUCCGAGCCCUGUUUGACUAUGACAGGACUCGGGACAGUUGCUUGCCCAGCCAGGGGCUCAGCUUCUCCUAUGGGGACAUUCUCCAUGUCAUCAACGCCUCUGACGAUGAGUGGUGGCAAGCCAGGCUUGUGACACCCCAUGGCGAGAGCGAGCAGAUUGGAGUCAUCCCCAGCAAAAAAAGGGUGGAAAAGAAGGAGAGAGCGCGGUUGAAAACAGUGAAGUUCCACGCCAGGACUGGCAUGAUAGAGUCCAACAGGUCGAUCAAAACGAAACGUAAAAAGAGUUUCCGCCUCUCUCGAAAGUUUCCAUUUUACAAGAGCAAAGAGAACCUGGCCCAGGAGAGCAGCGGACAGGAACAGGGCGUCACGUCCAACACCAGCGACAGCGAGAGCAGCUCCAAAGGACAGGAGGACGCUAUUCUGUCGUACGAGCCCGUGACGCGGCAAGAGAUUCACUACGCGAGGCCGGUGAUCAUCCUGGGGCCGACGAAGGACCGGAUUAACGACGACCUCAUCUCUGAGUUUCCCCAUAAGUUCGGGUCCUGUGUGCCGCACACUACCAGGCCUCGGCGCGAGAACGAGGUGGACGGGCAAGACUACCACUUCGUCGUAUCCCGGGAGCAGAUGGAGAAGGACAUCCAGGACAACAAGUUCAUAGAGGCCGGGCAGUUCAACGACAAUCUCUACGGGACCAGCAUCCAGUCAGUGCGGGCGGUCGCGGAGCGGGGGAAGCACUGCAUCCUGGAUGUAUCUGGCAAUGCUAUCAAGAGGUUGCAACAAGCACAACUUUAUCCCAUUGCCAUUUUCAUCAAACCAAAAUCCAUCGAAGCUCUCAUGGAGAUGAACCGGAGGCAGACAUACGAACAGGCCAACAAGGUCUUCGACAAAGCCAUGAAACUCGAGCAAGAGUUCGGAGAGUAUUUUACAGCCAUCGUACAAGGAGACUCUCUCGAAGAGAUCUACAGCAAAAUCAAACAGAUCAUUGAGGACCAGUCCGGGCACUACAUCUGGGUCCCGUCCCCUGAGAAGCUCUGAAGAUGUCCCCCAUCUGCUUCCCUAUGAGCAGAAGAUCUCCGAAGUCCCACCCCACCCAAGCCCUCUGCCCCAAGGGGGGGGAUGUGAAAACUAUUCCUGCCCCCUUUUUUAGAUCGUCGCAAAAUUGAGUUUUCUAGUCCUGUUUCUUUUGUUGGGAUGAACUGAUCUCAUUCAUCACGUGACUGUUCCCACCAUUCCUGCAUGGACCUUCCCAUUGCUCCAUUAGAGACAGAUGAGAACCCAUUCAAGAGUCGUUUUUUAUUAUUAUUAUUAUUAUUAUUAAUUAUUAUUAUUAUUAUUAACUAAACCAAGAAUCAAGAUGGGAGGAGGCAGCUAAGGACUAAUGUAAGAAACAAGUGACACAGUGGACUCUGAGAACAUGAGCUAGUACCAGAGCUCCAGGGGCAUUUUUCCAAGUGUGACUGUCUAGCAGCUCUGACCAGCGCGACAGAAAGGCAGCAGAAAGCAUUUUAUUUAUCUGUAUAUGUAAUUUAUAUAUAAUAUAGAGAGAGAUAUUAUAUAUAUAUUAUAUAUAUAUAUGUGGACUAGGAAACCUGAGGGACCUCUUAAAUGGUACUGUAUUAUUGCAAGGAGCUUUCAGUUUUUGUCCCCGUGGUGGGGCGCAGGGAGUCCACUUGGGCAGGACGAGAUCCAAACGGUACCGCGGGCUUUGGGAGCGUCUCCCGGCCGCUCGGCUUCCUGCCAGCCACCGCCGGGGGCCACGUGCCAGAGCAGCGACCGGGCCGGCGGGCCCCAGUAACCCAGGACUGAGCGGCAGCCGCUGAGCCGAGCGAGCCGGCGGGAGGCAAAGACUGAGCAGGAGGCUGCAGCGCAAGAGAAUGGCUGAUGAUACUACAUAUUAAAUUGCACAUUGUUUUACACACCA